AUGGCAGCGAUGGGGAGCCGGAGCCCAGUGGAGGACAAUGUGGGGUUACUGGCACUUGACGCCAUCGAUGCUCUCUCGAGGGAAUACAUGGCAUGUUUUGUUGUGGACCACGUGACGCCACACAUCAUGAGAUGUCUCAUGGAGGUGGUGUGCCCCGAGGCCGCGAGCGAGGCGAAGGACACCGCCACGGAGAAAGUGAGGGAACUUCACGUCAACGCGCAGCCGAGACAGGUGUCUUAUCUGCUACGCACUCUCUUUAGCGCCAGUGGUGUGAACGUGGGAGAUGUCGUGUCGCGCUGUGCUGAGGAACGCCACCGACUCACGGUGCAGAUGGCGCGGCAUCACUCAUCAGUAAUUUCGGUGCGGUCAAGAUUACUUAAUCAAGUGAAGAAUUUUGAAACUGAGGGACUUAGUGCCGUGAAGGAUUUGCAGGAGUCGCAAGCGUUGCUCGACGCGUUUGCUCCACGGAUUCAAACACUGGAGACGGAGUUACGUGCGGUGCUUCCAGACUAUGGGCGACCGGACGAGAUGUUUUCAUCGGGCAUGAGGCAAAUUAUGGAUGCAACCGCCGCCAUCGAUGCGAAGGGGACCGUGAGUUCUAAAUGCGGUUAUGCUCCGUCGAGAGAUUUUGUGCUUCAGGCGGCCCGGCAAAUUUUUGCGGAGUCGCAUGCAUCUUGGUCGAGAGAGGUGAAUGGAGGCCGGCGCCAAGAACAGCAACAAGUACGCCCAUCAGGUGGAAGGCCGAAGGAAAAAGACGCUCACUCGGGAGUGAUGACGCCAUUCAAAGGAACCGCACAUGCCACGACGUCGCUUUCCGGUUUUUCUCUCACGUCCUCGACGCAUUUCCCUCUUCAGGCGUUGGAAUGCCACUCCGGGAAGGAGUUCUGCGAUGUGCUCCCUCCAACGACCGUUGCGAUUUCUGCCGAGGCCCUUUCUGCGCGGAUGGCGGAUAAGCGUCCGUUGCGCGUUCAGGAAGAAGAGCGUACGGCGCGGGAAAAAGAAUGGAGCCCGCUUGGCAAGAACCGACUUGCUUGCAAGGACAUACCGACUGGCCCCUCAGCGUACACUCGUCUGGCGGGGGUGCGCCAUGCGCUGGAAUUGGAGCAACAGAACUCUUGA